GCAGUAAUGUGAAUAACUGGUUUUUGACACGGCGUAUAUUUUUGGUGGAUACCUUAAGUGGACGAGAAAAUGACUUACAAAGCCAGCCAAAAGUAAUCCGAAUUGCUAGUAAAAUAGCAAUAAGCAUUCGUCUUGUGCGGAACACUCAAAGGGGAGCCAUCUAUCCACCUCUGAUAACAGUUGCCUAUAGUGAUGUUCUCAUCCAGAAUCCCAAUGCUGAGAAUAUAAUGGUUUCCUUCUCAGUCGACUAUGAAAUGAAUCAAUCAGAGGCUCACAUUCACACUGAUAUAGCACUAGGUGUUCUGGGCGGCCUGGCAGUUCUAUGGUCCCUUCUCAAGACUGCUGGCUGGAAAAGACGUAUAGGAAGCCCCAUGAUUGAUUUACAGAAAGCACAGCAGUUUGUCUCUGUUUUACUACCUCAGCCAAGCCAAGAAGAUAAGUUCAUUUCUUAUGUUGGAUGUGCUUUUGUUCUGAAGGCGCUGCACUUUUUGCAUCUGCUUGUUUCCCAACUUUCAAUAGAUAUCUUUUUCAUCGACUGGGAGCGUCCAAAAGGGAAGGUUCUUAAGGCAGUAGAAGGAGAAAAUGGCAUAAGAAGUGUUUCUGCACCAGUCAGCAUAUGGAGAACAUACUUCAUAGCAAAUGAGUGGAAUGAAAUUCAAACCAUUAGGAAAAUAAAUCCUCUCUUCCAAGUGCUUGCUGUUCUCUUCUUUUUAGAGGUUGUAGGAUUUUCAAAUUUAGCCUUAAUGGAUUCAUCUUCUGGUCUAACUAGAAAUCCUGAAAGUUACAUAGCACCCUGGAGCCGCAUUCUGAGAUAUGGUAUAUCCACUGUACUUUGGCUAUUGAUUGCUGUAAUUCAGGUGAUAUAUUUUUCUGUCAUUCAUGAAAGAUUUAUCGAAGAUAAGAUCAGACAGUUUGUUGAUUUAUGCUGCAUGAGCAAUAUUUCAGUUUUCCUAUUGUCAGACAGAUGUUUUGGGUACUACAUUCAUGGGCGAUCUGUGCAUGGCCAUUCAGAUACAAAUAUGGAAGAGAUGAAUAUGAACCUAAAAAGGGAAGCAG